AUGCAAGAGGCGAGAGCAUGCUGCGUUCAAGUGCGGAGCUACCGAUGCUGUCGCUUGGGCUCGCCAGCUCCCUUGAUGUUUGUCGUGAUGCGUAAACUGACAUCUCAAUCGCACCCGGACCCUCUCUCCGUCUCGCUUCAACAGAUCGAAUAUGCGGCGAAAGCAGCAGAAAAUGCAGGCACCGCCAUCGCCAUCAAGACCAAGACCGGUGUCGUGAUCGCCGUCGAAAAGCUCGUCCAGUCUAAACUCCUCGUGCCCGGUUCCAAUCGACGUAUCUUCAACGUUGCACCUCACAUCGGAAUCGUCUCCGCAGGACUCAUCGCUGAUGGCAAGCAUCUCGCCACCCGCGCUCGAUCAGAAGCCGUCUCCUACCUCGACAACUAUCGUUUCCCCGCACCCGUCAAAACCCUCGCCGAUCGAGUCGCCUACUACGUCCAGGCCUACACACUUUACUCCUCGGUACGACCUUUCGGUGUCUCGGCCAUCAUUGCCGGGUUGGACGACAACAAGGGUCCCCAGAUCUACAUGAUCGAGCCCUCGGGUGUCUUUUGGGGUUACAACGGGUGCGCGGUAGGCAAGGGCAGACAGUUGGCAAAGACCGAGAUCGAGAAGUUGGAUCUGGACAACUUGACGCAGAAGGAGGCGGUGGAGGAAGCGGCAAAGAUCAUCUUCAAGGUUCACGACGAUGCCAAGGAUAAGGACUUUGAGUUGGAGUUGAGCUGGUGUGGUCCGGAGAGCAACGGCGUUCACACCAGUGUGCCGGAGGAUUUGAGGAACGAGGCGAUCAGUAAGGCGAAGGAGGCCUUGGAUGAUGAGAUGGAGGAUUGA